GUUAUUCACAUUUUGCCUAUCUGCCGACAUUAAACCGAUCCGAUUUAUUUAUGUACUUUUGAGUUAAAAACAAAGCCAAACGAUGUCCUUUCUAGCGCAAACUAUGCGUCAAAUGCUACGCCACGUGCCCAAUCGCAGUUUGUUGACGGCAGGUGCCAUGCGUCCACUGAGCAUAUCGCCGGUAAUUGGGCAGCAAAACAAGCCGGCGACGGAAUCGGUGGAUUUAUCGGCCAUAGCUAAGGAUCAGCAGAAGGAGUGCCUGAGCAUCUGCGAGCGCAUCAACCGGCAGGUGCAAAAAUCCGAGCAGGGACGACUCUUCGCGGUUGUCCACCUGUGCGGCAAGCAAUUUAAAGUAACUCCAGGAGAUAUCAUCCUGGUGGAGGGAUACUGGCCGCCAACGAUAGGCGACGAGAUCAGCCUGGAUAAGGUGCUCCUGGCCGGUGCCCGCGACUUCACGCUCGUGGGAAGGCCCAUUUUGGAGCCCGGACUCAUCUUGGUGAAGGCCACCGUCGUGGAGAAGACGCUCAGCCACACGAAGACGCACUUUAGGAAGAAGCGCAGGAAGCAGUACAUGCGCAUCAACUUCCAGAGAUCUCCGCACACCAUGGUCCGGAUCAAUUCAAUUGAACUGGCUCGUCCAGUGGACGGGAAUGGCGAGGGGGAGUCUUCCUCGAGGCGCUUGUUUUAGUUUAAAAUGCUGUUGAUCACGAAAAAUAAACCAAGUUUUUGGAAGGUAAUUAAGAAAACACAAACCACUUUGAACUGGAAGAGGAUAACUUUAUUCAGAUGCUGAUUUUGUAUAUUUUCUAAAACGGUUGAAACUUUUCUAGUGAUAUUUGUAUAUUUGCCCUUAAUUCAUUAAUAAUAAAUGUCAUAAAAAUUCAAUAUUCUUAGGACUUUGUUACAAUACAGAUAAUUAAGAUAAAACCCAUUUUGUAAUUGAUGAAAUGUUAUAAAGUUCUUGUUUUAUCUAAGUCACCAAAAUCAAUUGUAAGCAUCAGUUUGGUUUUAACUGCAGUCACUGAUAUCAGUGUUAACAGUACAUAUAGUUCUAUAGUUCAGUAUAUUUUAAGCUCAUAUUAACUUUUAAAAUAUGGCUAGCUACAGUUUCUAAGUUUUGGCAGAAUGUUCAGCAAGUUAUCUAGCAAUUUUAAAAACCAAGCAAAUGUUUUACCAAUUUUCAUUCCUAUUUUUGCCUCGUGGAAUUUUGCAGAUAUUGCCCUUCUGCUGUUGCUUUUUGUCUUUCCAUUAGAAAUUCCACUUUCAUCUUGAUUCAAUGACUCUGCCCGACAGUAUUUACCCAAAACGGCAACCUAGUUUGGAAUACGAGCUACCCAGCUCCCGACUCUUGCACCGCGACAAAGAAGAGGCGCCUGCUCUAAUGAAGCAACCAGUAGAACCACUGCAAUUUUAAUGACAACCUUUUAUCGCUCAUGAUGUUGUUGCCAUCUUUCAUUAAAAAAGACGUCGCUGCACCAUCCAACCAAACUACCAAACUACCUAGCCAGGUCGGAACCACCCAACCAGGCAGCCCGACCACGAUUUAUAACCUAUGGACAUGGCUCACAUGGGAUGCCUGCUGUUUUCUUUAUCAGCAGAUGUAAGUUGCUCCCGAGUCGGCGGCUGUCGUAUUUGUUUACGCUGCUCUUUCACUUUUCACUAACCAAAGGCGUUUACUUUUUAGCCUUUGCCUGGU